AUGACAACAUCUUCGUGUUCUCUUCCAUCUCAGGCUGUCCCACAGCCCUCGGUCCAUGGUCUCUCUCAGAUAACUAGCAGCCUGUAUAUCAGUAAUGGUGUGGCUGCCAAUAAUAAAUCAAUGCUGUCCAGCAACCACAUCACUACAGUCAUCAACGUCUCAGUGGAGGUGGUCAACACCUUCUACGAAGACAUUCAGUACGUACAGGUGCCAGUCGCCGAUGCUCCCAGCUCACGCCUUUACGAUUUUUUUGACCCUAUUGCGGAUCACAUCCACAGUGUGGAAAUGAAGCAAGGCCGCACGCUGCUGCACUGCGUUGCUGGCGUAAGUAGAUCCGCCGCCCUCUGCCUCGCUUAUCUGAUGAAGUACCAUGCCAUGACUUUGUUGGAUGCCCAUACAUGGACGAAGUCCUGCCGCCCCAUCAUCCGGCCCAACAACGGCUUUUGGGAACAACUUAUCCAUUAUGAAUUCGAACUAUACAGCAAGAACACCGUGCACAUGGUCGAUUCCCCAGUGGGUGUGAUCCCCGACAUCUAUGAAAAGGAGGUCCGUUUGAUGAUGCCAAUGUAA